GGGAUGCCACCAGACCAACACCCCCAGACUUCCCCACCUUCAGCCACCAUCAGAUCCUCUCCCCAGGUGCCCCCCGGUGAUUCAGGGCUGAAUCUGCCCAGUUCCCACACUCAGGCCAUCCCUCUUGGGAAGGUGGGUCCUCCAUGGGGGUCCCUUCAGGAGCUUUUUUUUUUUUUUUAAUAGAGUCUCACUCUGUCACCUAGGUUGGAGUGCAGUGGUGUGAUGUCGGCUCACUGCAACCUCUGCCUCCCGGGUUCAAACGAUUCUCCUGCCCCAGCCACUCUAGUAGCUGGAACUGCAGGUGUGCACCACCAUGCCGGGCUAGUUUUUGUAUUUUAAGUAGAGACGGCAUUUCACCAUAUUGGUCAGGCUGGUCUCGAACUCCUGACCCCAAGUGUUCCGCCCGCCUCUGCCUCCCAUAGUGCUAGAAUUACAGGCCUGAGCUACUGCGCUUGGCCCCUUGCGGUACUUUUGGCCCAACCUCCUCCAUGGCUGGGGGCGCGGAGGCCGAGAGAGAAGUCACUUGCCCUGGCUCUGCCUUGAAGUGGUUCUCAGGGUUGGGGCGAGACUCGGGGUGGGGACCGAGAUGCAGCUCUAUCCUGUGCCCCUGGUCGCAGCAGGCAGCCCAGCGCUUCGCGUGUUCUACUUGGCCUGUCCGCUGCCGCCUAAUGAGCUCAGGUCUAGGCCGAGCAGAGGGGGCACCCGGUCGGACUCGGUUGGGCUCGGGCGGCCCCGCCUCCCCCCGCCCGCCAGGCGGGCUCUUCUCGACGGCGCGGGGCGGGCCCUGCGGGCGCGGGGCUGAAGGCGGAACCACGACGGGCAGAGGGCACGGAGCCGGGAAGCCCCUGGGCGCCCGUCGGAGGGCCCAGCGCGGCGCGGAGGGCUAUGGAGCAGCGGCCGCGGGGCUGCGCGGCGGUGGCGGCGGCGCUCCUCCUGGUGCUGCUGGGGGCCCAGGCCCAGGGCAGUACUCGUAGCCCCAGGUGUGACUGUGCCGGUGACUUCCACAAGAAGAUUGGUCUGUUUUGUUGCAGAGGCUGCCCAGCGGGGCACUACCUGAAGGCCCCUUGCACGGAGCCCUGCGGCAACUCCACCUGCCUUCUGUGUCCCCAAGACACCUUCUUGGCCUGGGAGAACCACCAUAAUUCUGAAUGUGCCCGCUGCCAGGCCUGUGAUGAGCAGGCCUCCCAGGUGGCGCUGGAGAACUGUUCAGCAGUGGCCGACACCCGCUGUGGCUGUAAGCCAGGCUGGUUUGUGGAGUGCCAGGUCAGCCAAUGUGUCAGCAGUUCACCCUUCUACUGCCAACCAUGCCUAGACUGCGGGGCCCUGCACCGCCACACACGGCUACUCUGUUCCCGCAGAGAUACUGACUGUGGGACCUGCCUGCCUGGCUUCUAUGAACAUGGCGAUGGCUGCGUGUCCUGCCCCACGAGCACCCUGGGGAGCUGUCCAGAGCGCUGUGCCGCUGUCUGUGGCUGGAGGCAGAGUAGGUGGUGUGCUGGGAAUGCGAGUGGGAGAACUGGGAUGGGCCGAGGGGAGGCGGGUGAGGGGGGACAACCACCCAACACCCACCAGCUGCUUUCAGUGUUCUGGGUCCAGGUGCUCCUGGCUGGCCUUGUGGUCCCCCUCCUGCUUGGGGCCACCCUGACCUACACAUACCGCCACUGCUGGCCUCACAAGCCCCUGGUUACUGCAGAUGAAGCUGGGAUGGAGGCUCUGACCCCACCACCGGCCACCCAUCUGUCACCCUUGGACAGCGCCCACACCCUUCUAGCACCUCCUGACAGCAGUGAGAAGAUCUGCACCGUCCAGUUGGUGGGUAACAGCUGGACCCCUGGCUACCCCGAGACCCAGGAGGCGCUCUGCCCGCAGGUGACAUGGUCCUGGGACCAGUUGCCCAGCAGAGCUCUUGGCCCCGCUGCUGCGCCCACACUCUCGCCAGAGUCCCCAGCCGGCUCGCCAGCCAUGAUGCUGCAGCCGGGCCCGCAGCUCUACGACGUGAUGGACGCGGUCCCAGCGCGGCGCUGGAAGGAGUUCGUGCGCACGCUGGGGCUGCGCGAGGCAGAGAUCGAAGCCGUGGAGGUGGAGAUCGGCCGCUUCCGAGACCAGCAGUACGAGAUGCUCAAGCGCUGGCGCCAGCAGCAGCCCGCGGGCCUGGGAGCCGUUUACGCGGCCCUGGAGCGCAUGGGGCUGGACGGCUGCGUAGAAGACUUGCGCAGCCGCCUGCAGCGCGGCCCGUGACAUGGCGCCCACUUGCCACCUAGGCGCUCUGGUGGCCCUUGCAGAAGCCCUAAGUACGGUUACUUAUGCGUGUAGACAUUUUAUGUCACUUAUUAAGCCGCUGGCACGGCCCUGCGUAGCAGCACCAGCCGGCCCCACCCCUGCUCGCCCCUAUCGCUCCAGCCAAGGCGAAGAAGCACGAACGAAUGUCGAGAGGGGGUGAAGACAUGUCUCAAUUUCUCGGCCGGAGUUUGGCUGAGAUCGCGGUAUUAUAUCUGUGAAAGAAAAACACAAAACAAAACAAAAA